CCGGCGCUGUUCCCUCCCCUCAAGUACUCUCCUCCCCGUCCAGGACUCUCCUCACCGUCCAGCGACGACCAUGGCGUCCGCUCUCAGAGACCGCUCGUCGUCCGCCGUCGUCCCCUCCAUCACCGCCGACGUGCUCGACCACAUCUCCAUCCCCUCCUUCCUCUCCGCACCCGCAGGAACGGCGACAUGGUUGUACACCACCCUCGCUAUCGUCCUUAGUCUCCUCGCGCUCGAGCAAUCUGUCUACCGGUAUAAGAAGCGUCACCUGCCCGGUGACAACUGGACAAUUCCUAUCAUCGGCAAGUUCGCGGACAGCGUGAAGCCCACGAUGGAGGGCUACCUCAGGCAGUGGAAUUCGGGUGCGCUCUCUGCGCUCAGCGUGUUCAACAUCUUCAUCGUCAUGGCGUCGUCAAACGAGUACUCGCGCAAGAUUCUGAACUCGCCUACGCACGCCGAGCCGUGCCUGGUAUACUCCGCGAAGCAGAUCCUGCGCCCCGAUAACUGGGUCUUCCUUACUGGAAAGGUUCAUGUGGAGUACCGCCGCGUACUUAAUGGCUUGUUCACUCGCAAGGCUCUUGGUAUCUACGUUGGCAUUCAGGACCAGAUUACCCGCAAGUACCUCAAGCAAUGGCUCGCGGAUGCUGCUGCGGACCCGUCCCCGAAGCCCAUCAUGAUGACCUGCCGUGACCUGAACAUGGAGACCUCUCUGCGCGUGUUCUGUGGAGAGCACAUCAACGACGCCGCGGCACGCGAGAUCGGCGAGAAGUACUGGUCGAUCACCGUCGCGCUCGAGCUCGUCAACUUCCCGCUCGCGCUCCCCGGUACGAAGGUCUACAGGGCAAUCCAGUGCCGCAAGGCCGCGCUCAAGCACCUCGAGAACGCGGCCGCGCUCAGCAAGAAGGCGAUGGCCGCCGGCAAGGAGCCCGAGUGCAUGCUCGACCACUGGGUGCGCUCGAUGGAGGAGCCGACGUACAAGGGCCGCAAGGACUUCUCCGACCUCGAGAUGGCCAUGGUCGUCUUCUCCUUCCUCUUCGCGUCGCAAGACGCGAUGAGCUCCGGCCUCAUCUACGGCUUCCAGCACCUGACCGACCACCCCGAGAUCCUCGCGAAGGUCCGCGCCGAGCAGGACCGCGUCCGCGCGGGCGACUACGAGCGCCCGGUGACGCUCGAGAUGCUGGACGCCAUGCCGUACCUGCGCGCGUUCGUGCGCGAGAGCCUGCGCGUGAAGCCCCCCGUCACGAUGGUGCCGUACAAGACGCUCAAGGCGUUCCCGAUCUCAGACGACUACACGGUACCGGUGGGGAGCAUGGUCAUCCCGUCGUUUUACAACUCGCUGCACGACCCGGAGGUGUUCCCGCAGCCGGACGAGCUUUCGCCUGAGCGCUGGCUGGACCCGGAGGGGAGCGCGAACCAGAACCCGAAGAACUACCUCGUGUUCGGGAGCGGGCCGCAUAAGUGCAUCGGGCUCGAGUACGCGAUGAUGAACAUGGCGCUCGUGCUUGCGGACGCGGUCGCGCUCAUGGACUUUGAGCAUGUGCGCACGGAGCAGAGCGACAAGGUCCAGAUCAUUGCGACGCUCUUCCCCCAGGACGGCUGUCUGAUGAAGUUCACCCCGCGCGUGCACGCAUGAGCACGCCGUUCCGGUCCAGAGGCGGCCUGCGCCGCGCACGCGUACCUACGGGGCGAAAGUACUAUUAUUCAUACGACCCACAUACCUACCGACCUUCCCGUUACCCUAGUAGACGCAGACCUCGCAUGGCUGCCCCCCACCGUUCGCUGCUCUCCGCUCGCUGUUUCUUGCACCAAUCAUCAUAUAUCCGCAUUACCAUCCUCGGUUUGCUGGUACCACGGACGACUGGUGUGCGGAUGUGUAUGGCGGCGGCGGGAGUGUUGUCGGUGGAUGCGCGGACCCACCCACCCAAUCGAAAGUACAAAGCUUACGGUGUAUCAGUUUUCUUUGGUUCCCUGUCACGACCUCACGGCCACGACUCGAUGUCUACUACAAGUUCGCAUUAUUCAUUGUGCAUGAUGAUCU